CAGUUAACGCGAUUACAACAGGUAUUUAAACAGAGCCUAAUCAGAGUUUAUGCAUAUUGAAUUGUAUCACACUGAAUUCAAUUAUUCAAAAUGAAUAUCUUUUACAUCCUAGUCUUUUUGACCACUACUUUUGCUCUUCCUUUCCCAGAAGAUCUUGACAAUGGUUUAAUUCAAAUGUCUGAUAUUGAGGAAGAAAUUGCCAGAGAAGCCAUGACAAAUCCAGAUUUACUUGGUGGAGAUAUGCUUGGUGUUAAGGAAAUUCUUGAAGCCGACAGAAAUGGGAGACGAGGUAAACAGUUUAGGUGGCCCAAUGCUGUAGUACCGUAUGUUAUUGAAGACGAUAUUAAUGACAAAAAGAUGAAACUCAUUGAUGAUGCAAUCGCUUAUUAUCGUGAAAAUACCUGUGUGAGAUUUGUUCCGAGAACUGAUGAACAUAACGAUAUAUAACGGAUCUGGGUAAAU